CUGGAAAAACAACAUCGCAUUCAUCAGCUAGCAUGAAGCAAAAAAUGACGAUCAGUCUGCCGAUAAACGUGGAUAAAUGUCGAGCAAAGGCUAUGAAAAUUGCCGUGGGUGUUGCAGGAGUGAGCUCGGUUAACAUAGAUGAAGCGAAAAACCAAUUGGUGAUCAUCGGUGUGGGGGUUGAUUCAUUUGAGUUGAUAAAAUGCUUGAAGAAGAAAUUCAAGUGUGCGAGCAUUCUCUCCAUUGAAGAAGUGAAACCACCACCACCAGCGCAGCAGAAAGAUGGUGGGAAGAAGGAAGGUGAUAAGAAAGAAGGUGAGAAAAAAGAUGGUGAUAAGAAGAAGGAAGAAGAGAAGAAGAAAGGAGAUGAUUGCUGUAAACCUUGUCCUUGUCCUUGUCCUAGGCCUUGUCCGCCGCCUAAUCCAUGCGUGCAGUAUUACCCGGUUUGCCAACCCUUUUAUGACCCAUAUCCACAAAGCACCUGCUCCAUUCAAUGA